AUGUCUGUGAUUUUGUGCUCGUCGAGUUACGAUAACACCAUCAAGUUCUGGGAGGCAUUGAGUGGAAUCUGCUCGCGAACCAUCCAGCAUCCUGAUUCGCAGGUCAACAGACUGGCAAUCACGCCAGACAAGAGGUAUCUGGCAGCAGCAGGAGGCAACACAGUGCGGCUGUACGACAUUCGAAGUAACAACCCCAAGGCGGUCAUGACCUUUGAGGGACACACAGGCAACGUGACGGCAUUGGCAUUCCAGUACGAUGGCAAAUGGAUGGUCACUUCGUCGGAAGAUGGAACAGUCAAGGUCUGGGAUAUGCGGACCGCCACAGUCCAGAGAAACUACAAGCAUAGAUGCCCCGUUAACGAUGUGGUGAUCCACCCCAACCAAGGAGAAAUCAUCUCGUGCGACCAGGAGGGAAACAUUCGAAUCUGGGACCUCGGCGAAAACACAUGCACUCACCAACUGAUCCCCGAAGAAGACGUGCCUGUACGAUCAGUGUCUGUGGCGUCGGAUGGAUCAAUGUUGGUGGCCGGAAAUAACAAGGGCAACUGCUACGUGUGGAAAAUGCACAACACCCGCGACGUGACUUCUCUGCAUCCCAUUACCAAAUUCAGAUCUCACUCAAAGUAUAUCACCAAGGUGCUGCUAUCUCCAGACGUCAAGCACCUGGCCACCUGCUCCGCAGAUAACACGGCCCGAAUCUGGUCCAUCAAAAAUGGGUUCUCGUUGGAAACUACUCUCACAGGACACCAGCGAUGGGUGUGGGAUUGCGCAUUCAGUGCUGACUCGGCAUACCUUGUCACCGCAAGCUCAGACCAUUACGUGCGGCUGUGGGAAUUGGCAUCUGGGCAAAUCAUCAGACAAUACAGUGGCCACCACAAGGGCGCACUUUCGGUCGCCCUCAAUGAUGUUUAG